AGCCUAUCACCAAUCCACGGAAAGAGCCAAAGAUGUCUGCUCGGUCAUGUGAUCAGCUGUGUCCAAUCACAGCUGAUCACAUGAGACAUGUACCCAGAUCAUCAGAGCACUAAUGAUCAGUGUGCCCUGAUGAUCUAUGUAGCCCCAGCAGCGCCACCUGUCAGUGUCCAUCAGUGCCACAUUUCAGUGUCCAUCAGUGCCACAUAUCAGUGCCCAUCUGAAUUGCCUUUCAGUGUCACCCAUCAGUGCCAGUCAGUGCCACCUAUCAAUGCCAGUCAGUGCCACCUAUCAGUGCUGCCUAUCAGUUCCGCCUAACAGUGCCAGUCUGUGCCGCCUAUCAGUGCUACCUAUAAGUG